UGUUGUUCCGACGCCAAAGGCUUCGAUUUGUUUUCAAAUUUAAAUCAAAACCCGUGAAAGCCCGAUGCAAAUCCCCAGCGUAGAUCCGACCGGGUAUUGCCGGUUGUGCUUCUCCCAGCACCAACUGCGAUGGCUCCUGCAAUCCAGCGAUAAUCCCAUGGUGGCCCAAAUUCAGAUCUGUCUCGGUGUAGCGCUUACUCCGGAAGUGGAUUUCCCCUGUACCGUAUGUCGACUGUGCUCGGCUGCGCUCGAAACAUUUGAAGCCCUUCGGGAACGGGCCCAGGUUUGCGAUGCAAUUUUAAGCAACAGUCGGGUGGGAGAGUCACCAUCCUUUGAUUCCGAUGUGGUUGAAUGCAAACAGGAAUGCGCCUCUCCGGAACCGGAAUUGCUUAUCGAGGAAGUUUUACCUUCUUCCGUGGCUCAGGAGGAACCUAGUGUUAAUGCUGACUUCUUGAGCAGCGGUAAUACAAUCAUGGUCGGUGAUAUCAAAGUCGAGCUGCUGAACGUUCACUCGGAGGGCAGCAAUAGCAUCACGACCCAAUGGAAUGAAAAACCGACCAAGUCCAAGAAAACUCCCCGAAAAAUUGAAUGUCAAGUUUGCAAGCUGGCAUUUGUCAAGGAGUCAAACCUCGAGAAGCACAUGAAUUUGAAGCAUUCCUCAAAACACGACGCCGAUGCUAUGGCUGCAGCCGUGGCCGCAACACGGCUGAGACACCCACAGAAGCGGCCAGGAGAAUUGAACCCCAUUUCUCCGAAGGAUAUUCGCAAACAGAUGAACAUGUACAUUGGGUCGGAAAAUCCGACUCACUACUGUUGUAAUAGGUGUAAUGCUCAGUUUCGCCAGUGGCACACAUUUCAGCGUCACAGAAAAACCCAUGACGAUGUAGACGGAGGAAGUAAUUUACAAAAUGGGACUUCGUCGUAAACGUUUAAGCAUUUCUUUAUUUAAGAAGCUUUACCAAACAAUAUUAAGAAAAUAAACAUGACUCAACAACCCUUUGAGUAAUGCGUCUUAGAAAACUUUGCAGAAUUGGUAAAUUCUCAAAUAGCAGGGUUCCUUCAGCGCUGUUUGAUCAGCUGCCUUGUUCCAUUUUGAUUAAAUAGUAGAAUCCUUUGUUCGAUGUUGUUUUGUACGACCAUUAUAAUUGAAGACCUUCGCUUUUCUCAUCAGUGUACACCUUUCGAGCGAAAUAACAAGAUGCUCACUGCAUUGAACAGCAUUCCUGGAGGAGUUGCGGCUGCACCAGUGCCAGAAGUUCCCCUGC